CAUGGUGAGAGGUGAAUUAGUCUGCAUUGGUGCAUGUCAAGAAUUGAAGCAGCGAUUUGGAGCGGGUUACGAUAUUCAUGUAAAACUAAAUCCAGCCCAAACGGAUGAGGAUGUUGACAAUAUUAAAAAUAUUAUUGAGUCUACUCUAACAUGCGAUAUUAGAGACGAAAAUUUGGAUUUUCUUGCCUAUCAUGUAACUGAUUGUAAUACAACAUGGGAAAAAAUGUAUGGUACAAUGAAGAGUUUGAAGCAAAAAUAUAGUUGCAUUGAGGAUUACGCUGUCUUAUCUGCAACUCUGGAACAGCUCUUUAUUCAGUUUGCAGAUCGGAAGAGCACAC